AUGGUGGAAGUGAACGAAUUCAGGGGUCUAUUUGUUGGAAAUAGAUGAAAAUUUUGUAUUUUUGUGGCGUGGAGAAAGGAGCAAGUUGGAGCUGCUCGAGCCUUUAGUUAUUUUCUGGUCGCGUUGGCGUGACAGUCUGUCAUGCUUAUGUUUUGCCCCUCUAAUCACAUCUAUUCACGGUUUUGCCAUUCUACUUUUCUCUUACUAUUUGUCCAUUAGACAAUGACCUGUCAGUGUGAGCCUCUUGCAUUAUUUCUUUUUGAGAUUUACGGUCAAACUCUUUUCGAGAUAGAUCAAAAAUGUUUAGUCAGACGUGAGUAGUAUUAUAUAUUAUUGCUUACGAAUAUCUGAUGUUUUUAUUAACAUAUUAAAAGUAUUCAAUAUUUUU